GGCGGAGGAGGGCCGCUGUGUUUCCCCGCCUCCGCCUAUGCCGGCUCCGUGAGGCUAAUUCCUGUUUUUUUCCCCCACUCUUUGAGGUGUCUGCAAGUUUGCCUGCGUGCUCGCCAUUCUUUCGAAGCAACCACGGUGAAGAGGAAGAAGCAGUUGGAAGCCGAGGCGGGCAACCACAACGGCCCAAGCAAGUGUUUAGUAAUGGCAGCAGAUUCUAUGGAGAUUGAUGAUGCUUUGUAUAGUCGGCAGAGAUAUGUUCUUGGAGAUACAGCAAUGCACAAGAUGGCUCAGUCUCAUGUAUUCCUAAGUGGAAUGGGUGGGCUUGGAGUGGAAAUUGCUAAGAACAUAGUUCUUGCAGGAAUAAAGGCUCUCACUAUCCAUGAUACCAAACAAUGCAAGACAUGGGAUUUAGGAACAAACUUCUUUGCUCGUGAAGAUGAUGUUCUAAAUGUAAGGAACAGAGCUGAAGCAGUACAGCAUCACAUUGCAGAGCUGAAUCCAUAUGUCCAAGUGAUGUCAUCAACUGAUCCAUUAAAUGAAAUCACUGAUAUUUCUUUUUUGAAACAAUAUCAGUGUGUCAUAUUAACUGAGAUGAAGAUGUCACUGCAGAAGAAGAUUAAUGCUUUUUGCCAUACACAGCAUCCACCUAUUAAGUUUAUAAGUGCAGAUGUAUAUGGAAUAUGGGCACGUCUGUUUUGUGACUUUGGUGAUGAAUUUGAAGUCCUAGAUACCACAGGAGAGGAACCAAAAGAAAUCUUCAUUUCAAACAUAUCUCAGGCAAUUUGUGGUAUUGUCACCUGCCUUGAUAAUAAUCCUCAUAAACUUGAAACUGGACAAUUUGUAACUUUCCGGGAAAUCAAUGGAAUGACAUCUUUAAAUGGAUCUACCCAUCAAAUAAGUGUGAUAUCACCUUAUUCCUUCAGCAUUGGGAAUACUGCAGAUAUGGAACCUUAUUUACAUGGUGGUAUAGCUGUCCAAGUAAAGAUACCUAAAGUAUUUCAUUUUGAACCAUUGGAGAAGCAGUUGUAUAAUCCAACCAAUCUUAUUGCUGACUUCAGCAAACCUGAGGCACCUCUACAGAUUCAUAUUGCUAUGCUUGCUUUGAAUGAAUUUCAGGAGAGUUUUGCUCGCAUGCCAAACAUUGGAUGUCUUCAAGAUGCUGAAGAAAUGGUGAAGAUAGCUCUGUCCUUAAAUAAAAUGCUGGAAGGCAAGCAUCAAGUAAAUGAAGACAUUGUGAAAUGGCUAUCAAGGAUGGCUCAGGGCUCUUUAGCUCCUCUCACAGCUGCACUUGGUGGUAUUGCUAGUCAGGAAGUCUUAAAAGCAGUGACUGGAAAGUUUUCUCCCCUGCAGCAAUGGCUGUAUAUUGAUGCAUUGGAAUUAGUCACAUUUCCAGAAAAAGUCCAUGCUGAAGAAUUCCUUCCAAGGGGAGACAGAUACGAUGCCCUAAGAGUGUGCAUUGGAGAUUCCUUGUGCCAGAAAUUAAAGAAUCUGAAUGUUUUCUUAGUUGGGUGUGGUGCAAUAGGCUGUGAAAUGUUAAAAAAUUUUGCACUCCUUGGUGUUGGUACAGGCCAAGAAAGAGGCAAGGUUGAAAUAACAGAUCCGGACUUAAUAGAAAAGUCCAAUUUGAAUAGGCAGUUUCUUUUCCGGCCUCAUCACAUACAGAAACCCAAGAGUUGUACUGCAGCAGCAGCAACACGUAGCAUCAAUCCUGAGAUAAAGAUAGACUCAUACCUUAACAAAGUGUGCCCAGCUACUGAGAACAUAUACAAUGAUGAUUUCUACACCAAGCAAGAUGUAAUUGUAACUGCAUUAGACAAUGUGGAAGCCAGGAGGUAUAUUGACAGUCGCUGCCUAGCAAGCUUACGUCCUCUCCUAGAUUCUGGAACAAUGGGAACCAAAGGGCAUACAGAAGUCAUUGUGCCUCAUCUAACAGAAUCUUACAAUAGUCAUCGAGAUCCACCUGAAGAAGAAAUACCAUUUUGUACAAUAAAGUCUUUUCCAGCUGCUACUGAACACACAAUACAGUGGGCAAGAGACAAGUUUGAAAGUGCUUUUUCACACAAGCCUUCCCUAUUCAAUAAGUUUUGGCAAACAUAUCCAUCAGCAGAAGAAGUGUUACAGAGAAUAAAAUCUGGGGAAAGUUUGGAAGGCUCUUUCCAAGUGAUUAAGUGCCUGGGUAGAAGACCAAGAAACUGGUCCCAAUGUGUUGAAUUGGCAAGAUUAAAAUUUGAGAAGUACUUUAAUCAUAAGGCUCUUCAGUUACUGCAUUCAUUUCCCAUUGAUACACGAUUAAAAGAUGGCAGUUUGUUUUGGCAAUCACCAAAAAGGCCACCUUUUCCCAUUCAGUUUGAUUUUAAUGACUCUUUGCACUACAGUUUCAUACUGAGUACAGCAAAACUGUUUGCAACAAUUUAUUGUAUCUCUUUUACAGAAAAGGAUGUAUCACAAGACACUAUUUUCAAGAUAAUUUCUGGGUUAAAGAUUCAGGAGUUUCGACCCUCUAACAAAGUUGUACAAACAGAUGAAGCAGUACGGAAACCAGAUCCUAUUCCUGUAAGCAGUGAGGAUGAAAGAAAUGCUCUUCUUCAAUUGGAGAGUGCCAUCUUGGCCAACAAAGCUACAAAAAGUGACUUGCAGGUGAAGGAACUUAACUUUGAAAAGGAUGAUGACAGUAAUGGCCACAUAGACUUUAUUACAGCAGCUUCCAAUUUGCGUGCCAAAAUGUAUAACAUUGAACCUGCAGAUAGAUUGAAAACAAAACGUAUAGCUGGAAAAAUUAUCCCUGCUAUUGCAACUUCUACAGCAGCUGUAUCUGGCUUGGUUGCUUUGGAAUUGAUCAAAGUAGUGGGUGUCUGCCCAUUUCAAGCAUAUAAGAACUGUUUUUUCAACUUGGCCAUUCCAAUAAUUGUCUUUACAGAAACAGCUGCAGUUAGAAAAACAGAAAUAAGAAAUGGAAUAUCUUUCACAAUCUGGGAUAGAUGGACUAUUCAUGGGAAAGAUGAUUUCACACUGUUGGACUUCAUAAAUACUGUCAAAGAAAAAUAUGGAAUUGAACCAAUCAUGGUUGUCCAGGGAGUCAAAAUGUUGUAUGUACCUGUAAUGCCUGGCCACGUUAAACGAUUAAAGCUGACGAUGCAAAAACUUGUGAAACCAGUGGUGAAUAAGAAAUAUGUGGACCUCACAGUAUCAUUUGCUCCUGAAAUAGAUGGUGAAGAAGACUUGCCAGGACCACCAGUUAGAUAUUAUUUUGCCCAUGAAAAUAACUGAGACAGGUCUACUGUUUACAACUUAGUAGGUCAUAAGAAUUGGGCGUGGCAUCAUCUCCUUUUUAUAAAUGGUACUAUAUAUAAAGCCUUAAUUCAGAAUUGAACAGUGGAAGAUGGUGAGUUCUUCUGAGAAGUCCUACAGCAAAAUAACUUGUAACAUUGUAAGGAAAUUUGAAGCUUGCUGGAAAAUAUUGCUGUUUUUUGUGGAAAAAAAUAACUUAUUACUAUCUUCAAAAAGAUCUGAAAGGCGAUUACAAAAUCUGCACUGAAAACAGGAGCUGAAUAUUAUGUGAGGUGGCAAUCAAGACUGGAGAAACUGUACCACGUUCCAAAUGAUUUUUUUUCCUGCUGUUUUUCGCCACUGCAUCGUAAUCCUGAACCCAUCUAUCCUAUAAUGUUCCAUUGCAUAUUGAUCCUGUUUUCGUUGUAUAAAAUGCAAUUUUUUAUAUAAAAUAGGAUAAGUUAUAGAUAGGAAAAACUAAAGUGGUAAUGUUGGUUUACUUUAUACUUACACCGGAAGUAGAACAUCCAAAGGAACAUUAUGUGAAAAAUUGCAGAUAAUUUGUAUUUAUUUCCUAAACAUUUGAUUUUGAUAUGUUCUUUACAUAUUGUUGUAAAGAACUAUGUAUAAAAAAGACUGAUUUGAUCCUAAUUGAAAAGACAAUUAACAUGCUUUUAAUGGAAAUAUAUUAUAUUUUAGAGAAUUUUGAAAUUUGAAUUUAGCUGAUAGUCGCAUUAUCCAUUACUGGGCACUUGUUUUAAACCUCACCCGGUCCUAAACAAAGAAAGUGGGGUUCACUCUUUCAUAAUAAUAAAAGGGACAUAUAAAUGCGUACCACCUAUUCAUUGAUUUCUUUCCUACAGACUCUAACUUUUAGUAUAUUAUUAUUAUUAUUAUUGAACUACUGAGCUUGGUUAGGAAAAAACACUUAACGGGAUAAUUGAUAGAAAAGUACACUUUUAGUGCAAAAAAAGUAAGCCUUGCUAAACCAUGUUUUGUGGUUGGACUCACAAGCAGCAACCCACUGUUAUAUAAUUAGAAGUGAUUCAGAUUUAAUAUAUCCAGUUGUUGAACUGUUUUAUUGCAAUCUCUGGCCAAGGAGUUUAUUAUUUUUACGUAAGUCCCCUAGGUUUGAAAGUUUUAUAUUGUUGCUAUCACUUAACAUGGAACUUGCAAUGCUUAAGAUGAAAAUCAAUAGGCUUAAACAUACUACAAAUGUAAGUGAUUAUCUCCUUUGGCCACUUUUUAAUGUGGUGAUUCUGUAAAGUAUUUGGAUAUAAGCAUGUUUCAGCUAUAAUGAGUCUGAUUGCAAGCAGUUUAGACAUGUAAAGUUAAACAUUAAGCUUAUUAGCAGAGGACAAGAAAAAUUAAGUUCAGUACUCUGCAACCAAGGUAGCUUCCAGAAUGUGUUUUUCAACCCCUGAAAACCUCAGCAAUACUCAUAUUAGGUAGGAAAUUCAGGGAAUUGAAAUCUUCACAUCUGGACAGCACCCACAAUAAAAAAAACAAAAAACCCAGGUUUGGCUUUGUAUGAAAAAGUAGUGUUACAGAAGCAUAAUUCAUUUUUGUUUUAUGUAUGUAGCCUGAAUAAAUUGUUGCCCAUUAUAUAUUGUUCCA